UUUUAUUUCGUAUUCUGCUAACCUCGUAGAACCACCUACUAAGAUGGCCAACAAUUUGAUCCAAGUUUUACUUCUUGCCACCUGCUGCAUCGCCGGCCUGAACGCCAACGUUUUGGUCCGCAGCACCCGCGGAGCCUGCCCGACGUUCACCACCAAACCCGAUUUUGACUACAUCCAAUAUGCAGGAGUUUGGUUUGAAAUCGAGAAGAUUCCCGUCGUUUUCGAGGAGGGUAUGACUUGCAUUCGUGCCAUCUACGAUGAAAUCGCGCCCAAUACCGUCAGUGUUGUCAAUACCGCUGUAUUAAAUGGCAAUACCACCGCUAUUUACGGCUCGGCAUAUCAGCCAUACCCCGAGACUCAACCCGGAUACUUGAUCGUUCAAUUUCCAGGACGCCCAGAUGGUGACUACUUUGUCCUUGAUACGGAUUACGUCACUUAUACCGCAGUCUAUGAUUGCGUAAGUGUCGGUGCCUACAAGUUGGAAUAUGCCUGGCUUAUGGGCCGUACCAACUCGCUGACCCCCGAACAACUGGCAACAGCAAGGGCUGCUUACACUCAAUUCGGAAUUGAUAUUAGCACCUUCGAAGCUACAUUCCACGAUGAGAACUGUAUCUAUCUUCCAUAAGAUCACUAGCAAAUUUGUUUUAUUUGCUUGACUAUUUGGUCAAUGAGCUUGUAAAUUGUGGCGAUUGUCUGAUGUGAUGAAAUACAAAAAUAAAACACAACGAGAAGUUGUCUGAAG